GCAGGUUGCCGAUCUUUUCGCCCCCAAGAUUUACACCGUGAAACAGUCUCAGCCUAUUCGACCCGGAAAGACGAUGUUCUUCGCCAACCACCGUUCCUGGACUGAUUUUUUCAUGGAUGGUUACAUGACCGGUGGUUCGAGUUAUCUCUCUCGCUAUGGGGUCAUUGUUGGCGUUCCUGGCCCUUGCUUGUGCGGUUACCUCUUCAAUUUCGUGUGGUUCUUCCAUCGCAAGCGAGGCAUCAACCGCAACUGGUUCACUGAGUUCUUCGCCCGCAAGUGGUCCGUGCGCCCCAAUACGGGAUGUGUGGUGUACCCGGAAGGCCACCGAUUCAAGGAGAACGGCUCGCUGCCGCUGAAGACGGGCGUGAUGGAAGUGGCGUACAACCUGAAGAUUCCCUGCCAGUGCGUCUUGACGCUUGGAAAGGUGGAAUUGCUGGACGAAAUCAAUCUGAAAGUGAAUCGCAAUGUGAACUUGACUUGCUGCGUGUCCGAAGUCAUGCACCCGGAGCAGUUCAAGACGCGUGAGGAGUGGUUCGAGCACGUCCGCGCGGUGUGGAAGAAGACGGAGGAGACGCUGAACAAGAAGCAGGGAUUGAAGGAGACGGACGGAAUGCUGCCUGGUGUGGACAAGCAGUUCUGUACCGAUGAGCCGAUUCUGCCUCGUCAUGCGCUUUGGACUUGGGCGGUGCUGGUUCUCUUGGUUGCGUUCAACUGGGGAUUCUAGUGUUUG